AUGGCCAGUGGUGAGGAGGGGCAAGGGGAGGUGAUGGAGAUGGAUCAGGCCAGGGCUGAUGCUGCCAAAGAGGAGGAGGCCGCCCAGAAUACGAUGCCCAUUCCUAUGGGACCUGAUACAGACGACCGCACUGCACUGUGCAUGACCAGUCUGGCCACAUCCCAUCCAGCAGCCCCAGGCUGGCUGAACCUAGAGAGACAGCUCCACUGCACCCCACCUGAGUCAGCUCAUGUGGCAUAUGUGUGCCCUUAUCGCCAUGAUGGUGUGGAGCAUCACCCACCAGGGCUGGAUGACCUUUGCGCUGCUGUUCUGGGCCUGCGGCAUCCAGACAGGGCUGCAGCUCCUAUCAGCUGGCGGUAUUCUGCUUCCCCUUCAUCCUGCUUUUACCGGCUUGUGCCACGUGUGGGCCACAUGUCUGCCCCGCCCCCCGGGGCCCCGCAGCCUGUGCCUCUACGGCGGGGCUGGAGCUCACGCACUGCCGCUGCCUGGACCUGGGCGCCGAUGCCGCACACUCUGACCUUCUAG